AUGACUAGUUUUUGGGUAACAUUAGCAAGGCAUAAGUAAACAAGAUCUUAUAAAUUAUUAAAGUAAAAUGAAAUGGAUGUUUUAGUUCCUGAAAAGCAUGAAAAAACUUUUAUAUUUUUGCAUGGAGCUGCAAAUUAGGCUGCUAUGUACCACAAUUUAUUUCUUUCCUCUUAUAGCCCUGUUUGCCAAAAUACAAAAAUAUUGUUGCCUUAGGCUCCUAUGAGAUAUAUUACGUUUAGCUAAAAGUAAUUAAAAAUGCCAUCUUGGUAUGAUAUUUAUUCAGAGGAUAGAACAAAUAAAAGACCUCAAGAUUUGUACAAUCUGAGCGAGUUAGAAACAUCUGUUAAAAGGAUAUAAGAAAUUAUGAAGAAGGAGUAGUCAAUUUUAUAGAACAAACAGCAGUUGUAUAUAGGAGGUAUUAGUUAAGGGUGUGCCUUAGCACUUUACAGUGGAUUAAGUUAUCAGUAGAAAAUAGGGGGAAUAAUUGCACUCAGUGGAUAUUAUAUUGAUACUUGUUAAAUAUCUAAAGAGAAUAUUGAUAUUCCUAUCUACUUUAGUCAUGGCCUUGAUGACUAAAUUGUUAAAAUUGAAUAUAUGCAGCAAACUAUAAAAUUUUUAUAAUAUAUUAACCCUAACUUCAAAAUUGAGUAUGAAGCUGGUCUAGGACAUAGUAUUGGAUAAAAUUAAAUGCAAAAGAUUUAAAAGUGGUUUCAAUAAAUUAGCUAAAACUAGGCUCAUUGA